AUAUUCCUAUCAGAUUAGACGUUAUGCUUGUUGACGAUAGGAUGCAAGAAGAGAAAAAAAUACAAACUAUUGACGAUUUACUACCUCCGAACGAAAAGGUAGAUAAAGCAAAGAAUAUGCUGAAACUGUAUGAGGAAGAGCGUAAAAUUCAAGAAACCAAUUCGGUCACUGUAAAAGCGGAGCAUACGUUAAUAAAUGAAACAAACAUUAUCACCAACUUAAUUUUCUCAGACGACGACGACACCGAUCGUUUAUUCCUCAGCUCAAUGUUGAGUCACGACAAUAAUUCAAGUUAUUGGAAAGUUGAGGUUGAAAAUAGGGUGCAAGAAUUGGAUACGAAAUUAAAAAAGAUUGAACGAAAGUUGGACGACAUGAGGUUGCGAGAUCAAAGGCUGCUGAGUGAAGCGGAAAAAAUGUCUGCGCAGAUUGACGAAAUAUUGGCUGCUAGCCAUGUCGAUCGUGAUAAUCAGGACCACCUUUAUACUUUGAAGGUUCUCGAGGAUGAAAUACAACUUUUGAAUUCCAAGUCAAUAUUAUGGGACAUAUUCUAUAUAAUGUUGUCGUAUGUACUAGCGG